AUGAUCAAAAUUGUCUUAACACUCAUCGCAGUCUACGGCCUCGAAUGGCAUCAAGUGGAUUUCACAGCGGCUUACCUUAACGCAUCAAGAAAAGAUACGGAGACGGUAUACAUAAGACAGCCAACGGGUUUCGAGUUUGCAGACACAGAAGGAAAUUCAAAGCAAUGGGUAUAUAUACUUAACCAGGCUCUUUUCGGCCUACGAGACUCUGCCUUCCUCUGGAACGAGGAGAUAGACUGUAAGCUUCAACAAACCGGCUUCAGACCCCUCAAGGACAACCCGUAUAUCUACGUCAAGAUGGGAAAGAACUGCGCGGAUCUAACAAUCAUAAUAAUCCAUGUCGAUGACUUUAUCAUUACCGCACCCACCUCCGGAGAGAUAGACUCGGUCGUAAAGCAACUCAAGAAACAUUAUGACAUGAAAGACCUGGGAGAACCAAAGCAGUAUCUUAACUGCGCACUCGACAGAGAUUACAACGCUGGGACGAUUAUCAUGUCUCAAGAAGCCUACGUACAAAAGAUUCUACGCAUUACAGAUACUACGGGAACGAAAGAAACACCACUACCACCAGGAUAG